AUGGAGACCUUCUAUAAUGGCCUCAAUGCAGCUUCUAGAAUGGUAUUAGACGCGUCAGCCAAUGGAGCUAUUUUGUCCAAGUCUUAUAAUGAAGCUUUCGAAAUUCUGGAAAGGAUAGCCAGUAAUAAUUAUCAGUGGUCUAAUACAAGAGCUCCACAAAGUAGAAAAGUGGCGGGGGUUCUUGAAGUAGAUGCAUUAACUGCUUUGACAGCCCAAAUGGCCUCCAUGACUAAUACUCUGAAAAAUAUGAGUUUGGGGAACAACAUUCGGCCAACUGCUGCCAUUCAAAGUGGAGACAUUUCUUGUGUAUAUUGUGGAGAUGGGCACAUGUUUGACAAUUGCCCUUCUAACCCAACAGCAGUUUGUUAUGCGGGAAACCAGAACUUUAACCGAAAUAGUGGCCCAUACUCAAAUUCAUAUAACCCAGCUUGGAGGCAACAUCCGAAUCUGUCUUGGGGGGGUCAAGGAGCAAGUUCCAGCAACACACCUGCACCAGUAAAGCAAGCUUAUCCACCAGGUUUUUCUCAGCAACCACGGGCUCCACAACCGCAACACCCUCAAGGCUCCCAAUCUAAUUCUUUGGAGAGUUUAAUGAGGGAUUAUAUGGCCAAGAAUGAUGCAAUGAUACAGAGUGAGCCUGCAUCUCUUCGAAACCUUGAAAUGCAGCUGGGGAAAUUGGCCAAUGAAUUAAAAAAUAGGCCGCAAGGUUCUUUACAUAGUGACACGGAGAAUCCAAGGAGGGAUGGGAAGGAACAUUGCAAGGCUAUCAAUCUAAGGAAUGGAAAAAUUCUGGAAAAUUCUGAGGAGAAAAUAAAGGGCAGUGGGGAGCCCACUUCAAUCCAAAUCGAAGGAGAAUCGAGUAACAAAACUGCCCAGGAAAUUACUGAAAUAGGCCCAGUUGCUACAGCAAAGGGUCAGCAAUCUGUUUCAGUAAAUUCUGGACCUAAACCGCCCCUUCCAUUUCCUCAGAGAUUUCGGAAAUAG